AUGCAAUCAUCAAAUUUAAAUAGUCUCAUUGCUAAAGAGGAAGAAAAUAUUCAAAAACUUGUUUUAAAAAAACUAUAUUCCAACAUUAAUUAUUAUCAGUUGUUUUCUUUAGUACAUACAAUUGGUCGUCAUAUAUUUAGAAGAUUCUUCAAGUUAUUAGAAAACUGUCUACGUAUUCUUUGUAAUUGUUCAAGAUGUAAAACUCAACCAGAAAUCCCUAUACAAAACCAAAAACGUUCUCAGUACCGACAAGAUAUUUGUCAACAGCGAUUGAAUCCUUAUCUUGAUGUAUGCUUAUCAAGAACUUCCAGUCUUGUGCCAAUUAGUCAAUCGUCUAAUUCUAUCAGUAAUAAUGAAUUAAGAAAUCAAGGCAAUAGUGUAACAAGUGUCAAUAAUACUUCAACAUUAAAUAUUCACCAAUCGAUGGAAACAGGAAAUGAUUGUACUAAAAACAGGGAAACUACGAAAAAAUUUAUUUUUACAAAACGUACUGCCAUGCACACAGAUCUCAACUCUGAUCUUCUCAUUGUCCUUCUUGCAAUAAAUGACUUGAUUAUCUGUGUUAUUGAUAUACCGACAACAAUCUUUCUGAUUGUAUGGGAAACUAGAACAUAUGACUUUAUUUGUAGACUACAUGUGAUCUUAAAAUCAUUCACUCUAACUGUUUCUGCACUAUUUUUGGUUAUAAUUGCCUUGGACCGUUGGUUGUUAGUUUGUUUUAUACCAUGUGUUAUAAUGACAAAAAAGUGUAUGAAGAGGCUAAUCGUUGGAACAUAUAUCUUAGGAAUACUAUGGGCAAUACCAAUGGGAUUACAUCAAGGUGUACACACUUAUUUUAAAAUUAGUACAGUUGAUAAACUUGUAUCCAGUGAUUCAGAAGCUAUUUUCAUGUUUAUGAAUCAAAUAGUUUAUUUAAAACUAACCAAUCAGAAUUGA